AUGCCUUUAACAAUGCUAAUUCCUUAUCACUCCAGGGACACAGGAGACAAUCCAGAUACAGUCCCAGUGCCACUUCCUCAACGAAGUCGAGCCUUCUCUCCCUGGAGGGCACACCAACUCCACCUCCAAGGCCUUAGGGUUAUGAAGAUGAACACUGUUUCCAUCCAUGUUAUCAUUCAACAAUUGUUUUUAUUCCAAACCAGCAUUGGGAUCUCUGCCAACAUCUUCCUUCUUUUCUUACAUCUUUUCACAUUUCUCCAAGAUUUCAGAGUUAAACCCACUGACAUAAUCAGCUGUCAUUUGGCCCUUGUCCAUAUGGUAACGCUUCUCAUUGCACUGUGUCUUUCUUCUCCAGACAUUUUUGAAUCAUUGAAAUUGCAGAGUGACUUCAAAUGCAAAGUGUUGAUUUAUAUUCACAGAGUGACUAGGGCUAUUUCCAUCAGUACCACCUGCCUCCUGAGUGUGUUCCAGGCCAUUACUAUCAGCCCCAGAACCCCCUGGUUAGUGAGAUUGAAACAUAAAUUUACAAACUAUGUUAUCUGCAUAGUCACUUUUUUCUGGUCCUGUAAUUUAUCUUUUGGUAGUAUCCUCAUCUUCCAUACUGCAGUAUAUUCUAACAAAAGCCAGAAGAAUCUAAUAAAUAUCAAUGAACACUGUUCAAUAGAUCCUAUCAACCCCAUCAUCAUGGAAGUUAUUUUCAUUCUGACAUUGUUCAGAGAUGUCUUCCUGGUAGGACUUAUGCUGCUGUCCAGUGCAUACAUGGUGAUUCUGUUGUUCAGACAUCAGAGGCAGUCACAGCACCUCCACAGCACCAGGCUGAACCCAAGAGUCUCCCCAGAACAAAGGGCCACAAAGACCAUUCUGUUGAUGGUGAGUUUCUUUGUGAUCAUAUACUGGGCAGACAUCAUCAUCACUAUUAUCUCCUUAUUAUGGAAACAUGACAGAAUUCUGUUUAGUGUCCAGAAACUUGUGCUCAAUAACUAUGCCACUGUUUGUCCUAUAGUACAAACCACUUCCCAUAAAAUUAUAAAAUCUACUGUGUAA